CCCCAAGAUUAAGAAGACAAAAAAGUUCCUUUCUUUUUUAAUUGAAGUGAGAAAAGAUUACUUCUGCGAAAUUCCCAAGAUUUCUUCAGAGAGAUGGGGUGUGUGGCUUCCAAGGUAAAGCAGGAGGAGGAAGGAGAAGGAGUGGUGUCCAUAUGCAGAGAAAGAAAGAAGCAAUUGAAGCUUACUGUGGAGAGAAGGUAUAGCCUUGCAGAUACACACCAUAGAUACUGUCAAGCCCUGAAUGGAGUCUCCGCAGCCAUCAAGCUCUUUGUGGCUCGCCAUUUUUCACCUUCUUCCCCAUAUCUCAUCACCUUCCCACCCCCUCCGGGGGGUUCAUCUUCAAAUUCAACUUCAUCUUCAACCCCACUUUUUCUUCAGCAAAAACCCUCUCAACAGGCGACCACCACCCCCACCCCCAAAGAAACCCCUUGCUGUGUUGAUUCUUCCGGGGAAGAAGAAGAAGAGGGAGAGGAGGAGAGAGAGGAGAUACGCCACGUGGAGAAGAAGGAAGAAAGGGCGGCGUCUGUGUGUGAGUAUUUUUACAUGGAAAUGCCUCGAGAGGAGGAGGUUUUGCAGCAUUCGGCCCCACCCGCUGGUGGGUAUGGCGGUUGGGAUUUCUUUAGCCCUUUCAAUGUGUACAACCACCAGAUCUCAGAGGAGGAUUUGAAGGCGGUGAGGGAGAGAGAAGGGAUUCCGGAGCUGGAGAAAGAAGAGGAGUGUGGUGGAAUGAUGGAAGAGGAGAGAGCAGAAAAUGAAGAGGAGGUGGAGUUGAAGAAGAUGGAGAAUGGGGGCGAGGAGGUAAAGGGAGGGGAGAGCAGAAAAGUAGUAGCAGAUAUGGAGGGAAAGGAGGGGCUUCAUAGUGAGGGGAUGACAGAAGCAUUAGCUGAAAUGGAGAGAGGAUUGGAGGAGGAGGGAGGGAGAGAGUUGCUUGAAGCAUUGAAGGACAUUGAGGAUCAUUUCUCAAAAGCUUAUGAUUCUGGCAAGGAAGUCUCCAGGAUGUUGGAGUCCAAUUGGGUUUACACCCAACCAAAUUUGGAGGAUUUGAGAGGACACAUCACAACAAAACUGAUAACUCUCACAUGGAAGCCCACCCCCUCGGCUCAUUCUUCAUUGUCGUCGUCUUCUAAGAAUAGUCUUGUGGCAUCUACUUCAAGAAGCUCUUCAACAUGGAUGUCAGACUUCUCAAAUGAUCUCUUGGGUGAUUUUGGGGAAUCCGGAAGCCUUUUACUGACACUCGGAAGGCUCUAUGCUUGGGAAAAGAAGCUAUACGAAGAGGUCAAGGAUGGGGAUAGCACUUGGAAAUUGUAUGAGAAAAGAUGCAAGAAACUCAAAAGAACCCAAGAUGCCACCAGAAUAGAUGCCGAAGAAGGAAAGAAAGGAGCAGCAACAUUAAAAGAAUUGCACAGCAGGAUCAUAGUAGCGAUUCGGAGUGCAGAAACAAUUUCAAAAAGAAUUGAACAGCUCAGAGAUGAGGAGCUACAGCCUCAAGUCAUUCAACUUCUUCAAGGCAUGAUGAGAGGUUGGAAAAUGAUGUUGGAAUCCCAUGAGCUUCAGAACAAAAUCAUGUCCCAAGUGUCAACUUUUAACUGCCCUGCUUAUGGGAAAUUCUGCAACGAUUCUCAUCGUCUUGCAACCCUCCAGCUUGAGGUUGAGCUUCAGAAUUGGCGUUCAUGCUUCACUGCAUACAUUGCAGCCCAGAAAGCAUAUGUUCAAUCUCUCCAUGCUUGGCUGUCUAAGUUUGUUGUCGUCGACUUCUAUUCCAAUGCCGGGCCCCCACUUCUCAAUGUUUGCCGUGAUUGGUUGUCUGCCAUGAACAAUUUGCCUGAAAAAUCAGUUUCUUGUGCGUUAAAAUCUUGUGCAAAAGAUAUAAGGGCUCUGUGGGUCCAGCAGGGAGUGGAACAGCAACACAAGCGAAAGGUCGACAGCCUGUCAAAGGAACUGGAGAGGAAGACAUUGGCAUUCCAGAGGGCUGAGGAGAGAGUUUUUGAAUUUAAGAAGUUUGCUGAUAGCAGAAAUGCAGAAUUGGAGAUGGAGCAUAGGGCGGAGGUUUUGAGGGAGCAGAAAGAUUUGUUGGAUGAUUUCAGUAGGAGGGUUGGUUUGGAAAGGGAAGAACACCGGAAAAGCAUGCAAGAAACACAGAGGAUCACAUUGAGAGGGUUUCAGUCUGGGUUUGGCAGUGUGUUCGAGUCCAUGGCUGAGUUUUCCAGAGCAGCUUUAAAAAUGUACAAUGAAGUUUUAAGUGCUUGGGAAAAUUCUCAAAAAAAUUCCCAAGUUGAUGAAGAUGUUAAAAGAUGACACUUUUAUGGUGGUGUUGAGGUUUAGGAGUUGUGUACAUCACUUAAUUUAUGUCCUUUUCUUUCUUCCCUUUUUUUGUGAGGAUUGAAUGAUCUGUUUUUUGAUCAACAUUAGCAACAAAAAGAAGGUUUUUGA